UGAGACAUAAUGAUGCACAGGUAACUGGAAGCCUUGGAUAGUCUGCACUGAAGACACACCAAGGACACAUAGAGCAGGGGCUACCUCACUCGCCUGACCCAGUCACUCCGAAAAAUGACUUCUACCUUGUAUAAAUGUCUCCUCGUUGUCUUGGCCCUUGGUUCUUGUGUCCCCCAACCUGGCAGCCAAGAUAUCUGUCUCCAGGUACUCACACAUGAGCAAGAAAAUCCUUUCCACCGGAGAUUGGCACCAGUGAAUGUUGACUUUGCAUUUCGCUUAUUCAAGAAUUUGAUAUCAAGAGCCCCAGAUAGAAAUAUUUUCAUCUCUCCAGUGAGUAUUUCCAUGUCCUUGGCCAUGCUGUCCCUUGGGGCCAAGUCGGUCACAUAUACUCAGCUCGUAGAAGCUUUGGGAUUCAACCUUACAGAGACAUCAGAGGUGGAAAUCCAUCAAGGCUUUCAGUAUCUCAUCCAUCUGUUCAACAACAUAGAUACUGGCCUGGAAAUGAACAUAGGAAAUGUCCUAUUUCUUGAUUCAAAGGUAAAACUUAUGGAGACAUUCAUGAAUGAAAUAAAGCGGUAUUACAGUGUAGAAGUUUUGUCUACAGACUUUCAAAAUUCAACCAGAGCCAAGAAACAAGUCAAUGAUUUUGUCAAGAAUAAAACUUUGGGGAAAAUUGAUGAAUUAUUCAAGGAAUUGGAUCCUGAUACUGUGCUCCUUUUGAUCAGUUACAUUUUCUUUAAAGGAAGAUGGGCAAAACCUUUUGACCCCAACGCCACCAAAGUGCAGAAGUUUUUCAUAAAUAAUAAUGAAAGUGUGGAUGUGUUGAUGAUGUCCCAAUCAAAAACCAAUAAACUCUUAUUUGACAAGGAGCUAUCUUGCACAGUGGUGCAACUGGAGUACUCUGGGAAUGCCACAGCUUUCUUCAUCCUGCCAGAUGAGGGGAAGAUGGACCAGGUAGUAGCCUCCCUGAGCCGAGACAUACUGCACAAGUGGUCACAACUUCUUCAGGACAGAUCCAUGAAAUUAUACAUCCCAAAGUUCCAUAUUUCUGAGUCCUAUGACCUUGAAAGUGUCCUAAGGGAAAUGGGGAUGACGGAAAUGUUCACCAACCUAGCCAAUUUCUCUGGCAUCACUCAGCAAGCCUCAGUGAAAUUGUCUGAAGUCCUUCAUAAGGCUGUAAUUAGCAUUGAUGAAGAGGGCACUGAGGCAGCUGCUGGCACCGGAAUAAGAUUUGUAUUUAAGUCACUACCUCUAGUUGUCAAGUUCAACAAACCCUUUCUGUUCAUUGUGUUCGACCACUUUACCUGGAGUGCUCUCUUCCUAGGAAAGAUCAUGAACCCUGCAUAAGAGCUUUGAUGUAAGAUGGCACUGUAUCAUGUCACAUUGUGGGAAAUGACUGGACUAGGAAUCAGAAAACCUAGUUUCUACUUUGGGGGUUUGCACUUCCUAGUCAUGUUGCUAUAAACAAGCCAUUUCACCUCAGUGCUGUAUUUCCUCUAUAAAAGGGGGAUAACUCUCCCCAUCCCCACCCCCAUCAACAAUAGGAUUGUUUUGUGAUCCAAAUUAAACAAUGAAUGUAAAGGUAUUUUUAAAAAUA